AUGCCCUCGCAGCGGGACCUAGCCACGCCAUGGCAGCGGCUCCGCUCGCGCGUGUUCCGCGUGCAGGAGGUCAGCACGCUCUUCGCCAGCUCAGAUGCUGCUGGAGUUGACACGUGGCACUCGCCGCGAUCCCCGGAUCGCAAGUCGACGGUUAAGGACAGGGACGGUAGGACUGGGGAAGCGGAGAGCGCGGAGGCGGCGGAAUGGGGUGGCGGGGGUGGUGGAGAAGCGACGCUGAAGCGGUCGCUAGGAUGGGCGGACACGAUCUCGCUGGGGGUCGCCAGCAUCAUUGGCGCGGGUCCGUGCAUCACCGUACAGCACCGUGAAGCACCCUUCCUCAACUCCCCAUAUUUCCUUUCCCAUUCCUCUCGCUAUUGUCACCUGCUCCCCCCCAUCUCGCCCCCCUGCGCUACUACAAUCACAGGCGUGUUUGUCAUCACAGGGGUAGCGGCUCGAGACCAUGCCGGCCCCUCUGUCAUCCUCUCCUACCUCCUCUCUGCCACGUCAGCACUCCUCUCCGCCCUGUGCUACACGGAGUUUGCCGUCCACCUGCCUGUAGCGGGCGGCGCCUUCUCCUACCUCAUGGUCACGCUAGGCGAGCUCCCAGCCUUUAUCACAGUAGCGAAUCUCCUUAUGGAGUACAUUCUCUCCAACGCCGCUGCUGCCCGCGGCCUCUCCGCCUACUUCGCAGGGUUCCUCGGGCAGGACCCGGAAUUCUUCCGGCUGCCCGUGCCAGCAUGGGGAAUCACCCUGGAUUUCGUUGCACUGGGGCUCAUCCUGUCUCUGUCCGUGCUGGUGGCAUACGGCACCCAGGAAUCGUCCUACUUCAACUUCCUUGCUUCCGGUCUCAGCAUGCUCGCCAUUGUCAUCAUCAUCGUUGCUGGCUUCACAGCAGGCAGCCUCGAAAACAUCACUGCCUCCUUCGCUCCGUUCGGCAUGCAAGGCAUGCUGGAUGCAGCAGCGCUUGUCUACUUCUGUUUUAUCGGCUUCGACGCGGUUACCACACUCGCAGAAGAAGUCGCGAAUCCGGCCGUUGAUCUUCCGAUAGGGAUUGUGGGAUCGGUGGCUGUGGUGGCUGUGAUCUACGGCUUCAUGGCGCUCUCUCUCUGCCUCCUCGUGCCCUACCCUCAGAUCGACGCCGACGCUCCCUUCUCCUCUGCAUUGCGCCAGCUGGCGGGGUGGGGUUGGGCGGCAGGCGUGGUGGCAGCAGGAGCGCUGCUAGCCAUAGUGACUGCGGUGCUGGUGGGGCUAAUGGGUCAGGCUCGGAUCGUGCUGGUUGUGGCUCGGGCCGAGCUUCUGCCGAAGCAGUUUGCUUCGGUGUCACCUGUGACGCGCACGCCUCUCUUUGCGACAGCUGUCCUUGGUGUGGCGACAGGUGUGAUGGCGCUACUGGUGGAUUUAGAGACGCUAGCGAGCAUGGUGUCCAUCGGCACGCUGCUCAUCUUCCUCAUGGUCGCCCUCGCCCUCCUGCUGCACCGCUACCACCCCCGCGUCACCCUGCCGGCCCCACUCGGCCCCACACCUGUCGCUGCCUGUGCUGCUGAUGGCGCUGCUGCGCAUGCAGCAGCACCAGAAGGAGCAGGAGAGGAGAUAGGCACAACAGAAUCGACAGCAGCAGGAGACGAUGGAGUGCCUUUGAUGGCAAAUGAAUUUCACUCCCGACCUUAUGAGGCCAACCCACCUGCUGUGCUGUCUCCGCGAAAACAUCAAGUGCAAGCUGCGCAGCAGCAGAACGAGAAUGGACGACCCACUGAGGGAAAGCUUAAGAGACGCCAAAGACAGAAGCAGGGCGGUGGGGAGGGCAUGGGGGUGGUGUUGAUGCAUCUGGGUGUGAUUGUGGCAGGGGCAGCAGGCGUGGCAGUGGCGUUCAGAGUGCUCCCCGGCCACACUGCACCCGCACUGCUCUCCGCCGCCCUCUGGGCUGCUGCGACCGCCUCCCUUGCCGUGCGUCCCUCUGCUCUCAGUCCAUCUGUUUGCACCACGCAUGGCACUCUAUUUCUCAUGACAGCUGUUCCCCCCCCUUUCUACCUUACCCUUCACUCCCACUCACUCCCCUUCUUCUGCCUCUCCCUACUGGUGCAGGCACGUGGUUCUGCCUCUCCCUACUGGUGCAGGCACGUGGUGGCUUUAAAUACUCUCUCAGAGCCCUUUUGCCUCAUCCCCUUCAAACUCUUCCUUGUCUGUUGGCCUCGUCCUACUCACUCUUCUCCCCAACAUCUCCCCCCAUUCCCCCCCAACUCUCCCCCCACUUUCCCUCUUUCCUUUCCACAUUUCCCCCUUAAUUCCAUCCCACAUUCCAUCGCCCCCCAGUGCUGCAGGGAAGCAGAGGCCACGCGGGUGUUUUCAGUGCCGCUGUGCCCGUGGCUGCCCUCCGCCUCCAUCCUCGUCAACACGGUGCUCCUCGCCUCCCUCGACACCUCCGCCUUCAUCCGCUUUAUAGUCUGGUCCGCUAUAGUCACAAUUGGGUAUGUGCUAAUGGUGCUGCUAUCCCGUGAACCUAAGGGAGAGUACAGGGGGAAUAAGGGAGAGCAUGGGAGUACAACGGCAGCAUCAGCACUGUCCCCUGCAGCAGAGAGCAAGGCAGAUGACACAGGGGAUGUAGAGUUGACUCCUCUGGUUACCCAUGCGCAAACAUGA